AUGUUAUUCCUAGAUGUUCAGAAGGGCGUAUGCGUAACAGCAAUGAAAGUCAAUGUAAAUAGAUUUCGUCCCAACCUUGUGGUAUCUGGAGGCAGGCCUUAUGAUGAAGAUGGAUGGAGAGACAUUACGAUUGGAAACAAGUGUUUCAAAUCGCUAGGAGGAUGCAAUCGAUGCCAUGUAAUCAACCUUUCACUAAAUGCCGGGCGAGUGCAAAAGUCGAAGGAACCUUUGGCAACUUUAGCAUCAUACAGGAGAGUAAAGGGAAGGAUUUUAUUUGGCAUACUGCUGAAAUAUGCAUCUGUUAAUGGAGAGCAGCAACAAGGUGAUUCAUGGCUGCAUGUGGGGCAGGAAGUGCAUCCAGAUUGA